AUGGCCAGCUCGGGUGCUGUUCAGGUGAAAUUAGAACUUGGACACCGUGCCCAGGUCAGAAAGAAACCCACUGUGGAAGGUUUUACGCACGACUGGAUGGUGUUUGUUCGUGGACCAGAGCACAGCAACAUUCAGCACUUUGUGGAGAAAGUCGUUUUUCAUCUGCACGAAAGUUUCCCAAGACCAAAAAGAGUGUGCAAGGAUCCACCGUACAAAGUAGAGGAGUCAGGUUACGCCGGCUUCAUCUUGCCUAUUGAAGUUUACUUCAGAAAUAAGGAAGAACCCAAGAAAGUGCGCUUUGACUACGACCUGUUCUUGCACUUGGAAGGCCACCCACCUGUCAAUCACCUGCGCUGUGAGAAACUCACCUUUAACAACCCCACAGAAGAGUUCCGCAGGAAGCUACUCAAGGCCGGAGGGCAUCCUCACAAAAGAGGUUCAGAAGACUCUAAAGUGAUGGUCAUGCAGGAGGGUUCCACAUCUCUUUUUGGUCAGCACCUGAAGUUACCCACCCUGCCUAGCAGCUCUCUCACAUUGACCUUCUCAGACAUCAAGAAGAGCAAGUCCUUUCCAGGGUCAAAGGAUGGGUCCAAAAGCAGUGAUGCUCUCACAACCACUUCAACCACCAACAGCAACAGCAGUGGUGGUUCGCUUAAGCUCCAGAAGCCCUCCAAGGAGCUCAAGGACAAACCUUCAAAGGACUCAAAAGAGCCCAAAAGUGCCUUCAGAGACUUCAGCAGGGACCCGGGCAAACCCCCCAAAGAUUCCUCCAGGAAACCCAAAGAGAACCAGCCACUCCGUGACGAGCGAACCGUCCCCAAGAUGGGCUUCAAAGAGCCCAAAGUCUUGUCCAAAGAACACCGGCAACCCCCAGAGCUCAGUUUCUCACACGGCAUGAGCUUGGGAACGGGUAAGCGCCCGUCCGUUAUGGAUUACGAGGACUCCCUGACCAAAAAGAAGAAGAAGGGCUUCUCAGAGGUGGCGACGCUAAAGCCACCGGUUUGUUCCUCGUUGCUCCAGCAUCACCAUUCGGAUAAAAAGGUGCUGAGGGACAAAUCCCAGGUCCGACAGGGCAAGCUGAGAGUAGACAACGAGACAGCGGAGAGGAAGAAACUGUCGACACUUCCUCCGUUUCAGGACCUGGUGGAUCCCAACGACUCGGACAUGGACGACAACAUGUCCACCAAAUCCGAGUCGGAACAACCCAGCCCUGCCAGUUCGAGCUCUAGCUCAAGUUCAGGAUUUGGACCCACUCACAAACGUCAAGUGCUGGGACCUCUACACUCAAUAAUCCAAGACUUGCACUCAGAUGAUAACGAAGAGGAGUCUGAGGAGGAAGAUGACAAUGACUUAGACUCAGACCUAGAGAGACCCAUUCACACACACCUGACGCACCGCCACCGCAGGGUGAGUUUGAGUGACGGCAGUGACAGUGAAAAUAGCUCCGCCUCCUCGCCGCUUCCUAGAACUGAUCCAUCACCUCUACUAAAGACCAGCAAUAACCAGAUAUUAGAAGUGAAGAGCCCCAUUAAACAGACGAAGCAGGACAAAAAUAAAACUAUCGAUUGCGACAAGGCAUAUCUGGAUGAGCUGGUGGAACUCCAUAGAAGACUCAUGACUCUGAGAGAAAGACAUAUACUGCAGCAGAUCGUAAACCUCAUUGAAGAAACUGGACAUUUUCACAUCACAAACACAACCUUUGACUUUGACCUCUGCUCCUUGGACAAAACCACAGUUCGCAAGCUGCAGAGCUACCUUGAAACAUCCGGAACAUCUUGA